CAUAGAACAGCGACAGAGACGCGAGUUCAUCUCAACAUCAGCGGGCAGGAGCAGACGAGCAUGGAGCUAUCACUGAUGGCAGCGCAGCAUUUGCAAGCAGUCAGCGGGGCCUUCAUGGAUUCUCCUUACAACGGCAACGCGUCUCUUCAGACGUCCACCUCCAACCUCAACACCAGCUUCUCCAGACCAGCCGAGCAGGACGAGGAGGGCAAGUUCUCCAGCGACGCCAUCUGGCUGUGGGUGGCCGUCAUUGCAACCAUUGGCAAUAUUGUGGUGGUAGCGGUGGUGUGCGCCUGUGCCUUUUAGACCCCGUAGUCUGCAAGAACACAGCCUGAACUCCUGAUCCCUCACCCGUCUGCACCUUAGCACAGUAUGUAGUAUGCAAGCAACAACCUCCAAAAACGUCCCCUUUGAGUGCAUUUAAAGGCAGCCUGCCGAUUUCUAUUUUAUUAGCACUUAUUCUAUAGAUCUGUUUUGUGACUGAACCAAAUAAGUUUAUUUGUCCGAACAUCUGUCAACUGUUGAUUAACAUGAUCAACCAAAUCCAUGGGACACGUGUCUCCGGAUAGGACUCAACUAAGUGUGCAUGUUUGUGGGAGUCAGUUCUCGCUAAAUCAAACAGAUGGUGGUUGUCCGAUGGGUCAAUGCAUUUAGCAUGAAUUAACUUUGCUUCUGGUAAUUCUGCCCACUUCUCUCCCCUUCUGCCUCUUCUGGUGGAGUCAACAAUGUUUUGGUCAAUUUGGGGCAAUAUAGGACCAAUAUAUGAUGCAUGACGACAUAUAUUAGCUGCGAGUGAGAAUGUGUUGGUGCAUUCAAGUCGAGUCAGAAAUAUUGCAUUUAAUUGACUUGAAUGCACAGGAGCAAUGCCUGUUUUUAUUUCAUGUGUGCAACUCUGGAAGAGUUGAGGAAAUGCAAAGAUGUCAGAUGAAAUGGAUGCAGGGUCUAUAUUUAAGAUUAAAUGUGUUAAAAUGAAUGAAAUAAUUAGGAUUUUAAACCAAAAGCAAUAUCUAAGUUGCAUUCAUGGAAUACCAUAGUAAUUAUGAUAAAACAUAUAAUGACUCAAUUUACAGCAUUUUCAUAAAGUGAAUAAAAACAAAGCAAAAAUACAUUCAGUGCAUUAUUAUCCAUCAUUUUGUGAAUGAUCAAUUUUCUAACACGCUCUUCUCUAUUUCUAUUUUUAUCUAAGCUACUCGUUUUCUUUUAUUUAUUAUAAAAAAUGUGACCCUCUAACACUAGCAUUCACUAUUAUUUUUUUUACAUAUACAGGUAAAUCAACCUACGAAUUACUUACUGAUAGUCUCUACACAUUAAACCUGUACAGGAUAAGUGUUUUAAUAAAAAAAAAAAACAUCACUUUUCAGUUUUUGUCCUGCUUUAGUAAAUCAUAAUACCAACCAAUUUCUGGUGCAGAGUCCACAAAACCCACUGCUCUCCCAUUUAAUUGGGUGUUUUUAACACAGUCUCUUGUGUUGUUAAAAGAAACAUUAGCCCUGCCAGCUUCAGUCCGAGUUCAUAUUUUAGUGUGAUCACAUGCAAGAUAAUAUUAGUGCUUGAAUGAUCCUGAAUCUCGUCUUCUGUGGGUUACAGAUAUGCCAGCUCAUUAAUUCAAUCAGAGCUCAUUUAUCAAAGCCCAAAAGUCUUUUUUGUGGACUGUUGAUGGUCCACGCAGUUACUAACGGUCUGCUGGAUCUCUGAACCGAGACGUGACUUCAGUUCCAGCGCGAUUAAUCAGACCGUGGAGGAGAGCUUCAGGUUCAGAGGUUAAAACGCAUUUAGCAUGCAGUCGCUCUGUAUUAUUAAAUUGUGAGUGAACACAUUUUGUGGGGUUUUGGUUCCGGGAUGAUGUGGUGUGAACAGUAUAAACCCUCUAUUGCACGAUGUUGCCUCGGGGUCUUGGCAAACACAUUAAUGAAUAUAGAAUGGGAAUAAUAGUUAAUAAUGAUGUGAUGAGAUUAAGUAAACCAAUAAAAAAAAAAAGAAAGCUUUUUCUUGGCCCAUACAUGAAGGAUGCACGUUUCUGCUCUUGAGCAUUUUCCUCACACUACAGAAAAGGGGACAGAUAAUGAU